AAACUCGUCUUGCACAAUUCUCGGCGGAAGCUCACAUCAGCGACGACUGCUUGUAAUUUAAUUAAACGAAAUUAGUGGGGUUUGUGAAUAUGUUCAAGUUCGGCACUUUGGCGCUCUUCCUGCUGGCGAUGUGCGCCGCCCCCCUGCAGGCUCUGGAAUUCACCGACUGCGGCUCCAAGACGGGCAAGUUCACGCGUGUCGUCAUCGAGGGCUGCGACACGACGAAGUCGGAAUGCAUUUUGAAGCGCAAUACGACGGUGUCGUUCUCAAUUGAUUUCUCAUUGGCCGAGGAGGCCACCGCGGUGAAGACGGUUGUGCAUGGGCGGGUGUUGGGCAUCGAUAUGCCUUUCCCACUGCACAAUCCCGAUGCCUGCAAGGACAGCGGCCUCCAUUGUCCGCUGGAGAAGAAUGAGACGUACAGAUACACGGCAACGCUGCCAGUGCUCCAAAGCUAUCCAAGGGUCUCGGUUUUGGUCAAAUGGGAGCUGCAGGAUCAGAAUAAUGUGGAUAUCGUCUGCGUUGAGAUUCCAGCUAAGAUUCAAUAAUUGUAUGUUUAAUAAACAUUUUUUUUAUGAUUCAGUCUGUUCUUGAGUGCCAAAAAGUAAGAAGCGCAAGCUCUCUCCGUAUUGUAAUCUAAUAAUAAAUAAAGAAAAGUGAAAUUAAAUACACCCAUACAUACAUAAA